AAUGUUGCAAACUUGCGAGACGUGUUUGUAACACCGCAUCCGGAUACAAGCAUCGACUGGACCUGUGUGAGGGUCCGGAGAAUGAACCGGGAACCGGAUCCUGGCGGCGAUCACUGCAGGCCAAGGAGCAAUUAGACUUUGGACAUCCUUGAAAGAGGAGCGGUGAAACUGAUUAGAUAUUAACAUGGGCUGGAAUGACUGAGUCUGUCAUUAUCGCCCCUCCUUCCUCUCUCUCUCUUCCCUUCCUCCUGUCUCCCCUUCCUCUCUCUUUCUCUCUCUCUCUCUCUGAAAUAAGAUAAGUUGUUCGGCAGAUUCCAGCCACAAGUUUUUUUUUUAAAGGUUUCCUACUUCCCUGUUUGACAAUCAUGUUGCGGCGCCAAGGGAAGCGGCUAGGUUUCUGUCUGAGCGAGAAAAAAAGGAAGAAAUUAAAUGUUCUGGUCUUCGUGGAGCUGUGCAGGAAUAGGGGAAUUGAAGUUGUCCAGAUUGACUUGACCAAGUCCAUCGAGGACCAGGGUCCAUUUGACGUGAUCAUCCACAAGCUCUCUGGUCUCAUGGUGGAGGCUGAUCGGGACCAUUCGCGAUCUCAGCAACUCCUCCAAAAGUUUCAGGAUUAUGUCGAUUCCCAUCCCCGGACAAUCCUGCUGGAUCCUCUGCCUGCCAUGCACCGGCUCUCUGACCGCUUUCAAUCCUACAAGCUCAUUCAGCAGCUGCAGAGCCUGGACCAAGACCAACACUUCUGCAACCCUCCUUAUCUGGAGCUGUCCAAGGGAAGUCCAAGCGAGAUCCUGCAUCUGAUCCGACAACAGAAGUUCUCCUUUCCAUUUAUCUGCAAAACCAGGGUUGCCCAGGGUUCGAGUUCCCACAAUAUGGCUCUUAUCUUCAGUGAAGAUGGCUUGCGGGACAUCAGCCUUCCCUGUGUGCUACAGAGUUUCAUCAAUCACAACGCUGUCCUCUACAAGGUCUUUGUGGUCGGGCAGGCACACUUUGUGGUUAAGAGGCCAUCUCUGAGGAACUUUGCAAUUGGGAAAUCAGAUCGGCAAACUAUAUUUUUUAAUAGUCACGAAGUUUCGAAGCCGGAAUCUUGUUCUCACCUGACGGAGAGGGAUGAAUGGGGGGAGCAGCCUAGUGGCCCGUCAGAUGGGAUCAUUCAGUCCAUCAGCCGAUGUCUGCAGGUGUCGCUUGGGCUGUCCCUAUUUGGCGUUGACAUCAUCAUCGACAGCAAGACUGGCAAGCUGGCCAUCAUUGACAUUAACGCCUUCCCAGGAUACGAGGACGUUCCCGAAUUUUUCGAGGCCCUUUUGGACCACGUUGAGACGCUGCUGCGGGAACGGGAAGGGGAAGGGAACAGCGACGCUGGGAAUACGGGAGACGGGCAGCAGGUUCCUCGGCUCCGGUGCCAGAUACCCCCGGACAACCCACGGAGGGACUUGGUCCCCAGGAGCCGGGCAAGGGAGACCUGGGUGGCAGAAGGCGGCACGGUGGCGCAGCGGUAGAGAGUCGCUGCCCCCCAG